AUGAAUGAGAUGGAAGAUCGUGUAACCCCCGAAUUGUUUUACCAGAUGGAGAUUGUAAUAUCAAUGUCUUCUUCGAAAUCAAAUUCACGAGGUCGUAAUUCACCUUUAUAUACUUAUGCGGCAUUGGCCGUGGCUGCAGCAGGUAUAGUCUACUACGUUUAUCAAAGAUCUCAGUUCAGAGAAAGACGUGAUAAUAGAACAGGUGGUGAAGAAGGUACUGGUUCAGAAUUAGAAAGGAAUGAAGCAGCACGAAGGAAUCCAAAUACAACACAGACGCGGCUACGAAGGCGUGUAACUGAUCUGUCGACACGUGGCAGAAGUGUCCAAGCUAGGCAAUCCGUUAGGCUAAAGAGGAAGGCAAUGUCCAUUUCAUUAAAAGAUACUUUGGUAUGGAAUCCAUCUAAUGAUCCCGAUUCCCCCAAUUAUGCAUUUGUGGAAAAUAUUCUUCCAUUAUUGCAAGUCCUCACAAAAUCCUACGAUAUUCAUCUUGUCGCGCCAGUCAAGAACGAACCAGAAAAAGAACAAAUCCUUUCACUGUUUCGAAAUGCCGAUUUGUUCUCGCCUAUUGGCAUUGAUGAGAGGAAGGUUCUUUUCUGUGAAACGGAAGAAGGCAAAAUUCACAUUGUCAGGCAUUUAGAAUCUUCUGUACACAUCGAAGGUGGUUCAGCUGAGACUGUUGAUUUGGUGCGUGGAUUUGUGGAGAGAAUUGUGUGGAUAAAUUCAAGGUCUAAUAAUACAAUUGGAAUAACAAGCAAUGGAUUUACCAUAAGCAGCAGUAAUAGCGCUAGCAGUAGCAGCGGGAGUUCCGUAGACACAAGUCAGUGGAUAAAUGUGGAAAUUUGUAAAAGUUUACUAUUAAGCUCUCUAAAUCACGAUCGUCAAACGAUAAAACGAAAAAAAUAA